AUGGUCAUGUCUCAAGAGAAAGGACAAGGUCAAGGAUCCCAGGCCGUGGAUUCACUUGAAUACUUGUCCCAGCCGGCGCAUAGCCUAACCUUCGAGAAUGUCAUCAAUGAGCUAGGCACAAACUCAGAGGAUGGACUUACUUCAGAAGAGGCGAAGCAGAAUCUCGACAAGUAUGGAGAGAACAUGCUUGAAGGCGACGAGGGCGUCUCCUUCGCGGAGAUUUUCAUCCGACAAAUAGCCAAUGCGAUGAUGCUGAUCCUCAUUAUUGCGAUGGCAGUUAGCUUCGGCAUCCAGUCAUGGAUUGAAGGUGGAUUCAUCACUGCAGUGAUUAUCCUGAAUAUCACCGUUGGCGUCUACCAGGAUUUUGCUGCCGAAAAGACCAUGGAUUCCCUGCGGUCAUUGAGCUCUCCUACUGGUGUGGUUACUCGAGAUGGAAAAACCAUCACAGUUCCUGCCAACGAGAUAGUACCGGGGGAUAUGGUUGAGCUGAAGGUCGGAGACACUGUUCCUGCAGAUCUAAGAUUGGUUGAAGCGUUCAACUUUGAAACUGACGAAGCACUUCUAACUGGUGAAUCUCUUCCAGUACUGAAAGAUGCAGAGUCAAUCUUCGACACAGGUACCGGCCCUGGAGAUCGUCUGAACAUUGCUUAUAGUUCUUCCACUGUGACCCGAGGACGCGCUCGAGGCGUAACCAUCGGAACAGGAAUGAAAACAGAGAUUGGUGCCAUUGCCGCUGCUCUUCGCGGAGGAGAUUCCAAACGACGCACCGUCAAGCGUGGGCCUGAGGGCGAAACGAAAAAGCUAUGGUACAUCCAGGCGUGGACCCUGACCACUACGGAUGCAAUUGGUCGCUUUCUUGGCAUCAAUAUCGGUACUCCUUUACAGCGCAAAUUGUCGAAGCUUGCCCUGCUCCUUUUUGGAAUUGCUGUUAUCUUUGCAGUUGUUGUUGCAGCUGCCAACGACUGGAGGGGUGAUAAGGAAGUUAUCAUCUAUGCUGUCGCAACUGGUUUAGCUAUGAUACCUGCUUGUUUGGUUGUAGUUCUCACUAUCACCAUGGCAGUCGGAACAAAGCAGAUGGUGCAGAGACAUGUCAUCGUUCGGAAACUGGACUCAUUGGAGGCCCUGGGUGCUGUCACUAACAUUUGCUCUGAUAAGACUGGCACCCUAACUCAAGGCCGUAUGGUCGCCAAGAGAGCUUGGAUUCCGUCCGUUGGUACAUACUCCGUUGGAUCAUCAAAUGACCCUUUGAAUCCCUACGAAGGAGAUCUCAGUCUUACUGCUGAACCCCCGAUGAAGCUAGAACCAAAUUCAGAAGAUACAAGUCCUGCCAAACCAGAGAAUCUGCUGAAAGAUAACGAACAUUUGAAGUCCUUCCUCAAUGUCGCCUCCAUGGCAAAUCUUGCCCAUCUUCACAAGACCUCGAACGAUGAAUGGAAAGCCCGUGGCGAGCCUACAGAUAUCGCGAUUCAGGUAUUUGCAUCACGUUUCAAUUGGGGCCUUGACCGCUGGACCAAAGGAGAAAAGCCAAUCUGGCACCAAAAAGCGGAAUUUCCCUUCGAUUCCAGCGUGAAGAAAAUGUCAGUGAUCUUCUCAAAAUCUGGAGACUCGGAGAGAUAUCCUGAUAUGAUAUUCACAAAAGGCGCGGUGGAACGUGUUCUGGAAGCCUGUACGACAGUCACCUGGAAGUCUGGCUCGGAUUCUGUACCACUAGAUGAAGAGAUCAAGGAGCACAUUCUGGAGAACAUGGAAGCCCUGGCAAAGGAGGGCCUUCGAGUUCUGGCCUUAGCUGGACGUGAGCAUUUCCCGAAUUCAAAAGAAGGCGAUAUCCCCCUUGUGCGGGAGGAAGUUGAGAAAAAUCUGGUUUUCUACGGCCUUAUUGGACUAUACGACCCUCCUCGUCCUGAAACAGCUGGUGCAAUUAGCGAGUGCUACAGGGCUGGAAUUUCCGUUCAUAUGGUGACCGGUGACCACCCAGGUACUGCACGCGCAAUAGCAGCACAGGUUGGAAUAAUACCUCCGAACAUGGAUUCAGUCGCAAAAGAUGUGGCAGAAGCAAUGGUGAUGACCGCUAGCGAAUUUGAUAAGCUGUCUGAAGAGGACAUCGACGAAUUGCCUACUCUCCCACUGGUUAUCGCCCGCUGCGCACCGAAUACGAAGGUCCGCAUGAUUGAAGCCUUGCACCGACGCGGUCGCUAUGUUGCGAUGACAGGUGAUGGAGUAAACGACUCCCCGUCGUUAAAACGCGCUGAUGUCGGUAUUGCAAUGGGCCAGAAUGGCUCAGAUGUGGCGAAAGAUGCAUCAGAACUGGUGUUAUCAGAUGACAACUUCGCUUCCAUUAUCAAUGGAAUCGAAGAAGGACGCCGUAUCUUUGACAAUAUCCAGAAAUUCGUUCUACAUCUGCUGGCAGAAAAUGUCGCACUGGCCCUGACCUUGCUUAUUGGUCUGGCUUUCAAAGACGAUAGCAAUCAAUCUGUGUUCCCUAUUUCGCCGGUUGAAAUUAUCUGGAUCAUCAUGAUUACUUCAGGUCUGCCUGAUAUGGGUUUGGGUAUGGAAAUAGCAGCCCCAGAUGUGAUGGACCGACCGCCUCAAAGCAAACAAGGAAUCUUCACCUGGGAAGUCAUAAUCGACACCCUUGUCUAUGGAAUCUGGAUGGCAGGACUUUGUCUAUCCGCAUUUGCACUCGUCAUGUUCUACUGGGGUGAUGGCGAUUUAUCCCAGGGCUGCAACACACAAUACAACGACCCUUCCACCGAUUACAACUGCGAUACAGUCUUUCGUGCCCGUGCAACGACCUUCACCUGCAUGACCUGGUUCGCUCUCUUCCUAGCGUGGGAGAUGAUUGACCUACGAAGAAGCUUUUUCAAAAUGCAACCCGACUCGAAGAAACACUUCACACAGUGGAUGCAUGAUGUCUGGCGCAACCAGUUUCUCUUCUGGGGCAUCAUGGCUGGUUUUGUGCUUGCCUUUCCCAUUCUGUAUAUCCCUGUCAUCAAUCAUAGUGUCUUCAAGCACACCGCUAUCUCGUGGGAAUGGGGAAUUGUGUUUGUUGAGACUGUGCUUUUCUUCCUAGGAAUUGAAACUUGGAAGUGGGGCAAGAGGGUAUACUUCCGACGUCAGGCGUAUAAGGCUCGGAAAGAGGAGGAAGUGCCUCGUGAGGAGCAUCAUGGGCUUAAGGAUAGGCGCCAUACUGUCAUUAGCCGAUCAGAUACACUGAUGACUAGUGGUAGUGGUAAUGAGCAGGCGUGGCAGGACCCCGAAAGUACUGGUUAUAAGAAUAGCUCAGCUGGUAUCGUUUGA